UCGAAUCAUUCACAGUCAUUGCGCGACGUCGGUAGACUGCGGUAGCGACGCUCAACACCUCCGUCGCUCGUCGUCAAACGCAUUCUUUUCAAUCCGCCGUACUUGACCCAUUCGAUCGUGUUACGGAAUAAUUAUUUCCACUCGUCGCCCGACCCAUUGUUUCUAAUUAAAAAAUUAGAAAGCUUCGUUAUUAUCGUUUCAGUUUCAGAGUGUCGAAUGGUUUCACUUUUGGACGAGAAUUUUAUUGUAACUCGUUCAAGGAUAACUGGAAAUUGGAUAUUUUUAAAGUGUAAUAAAGAGGAUUUCGAAAGAAUUUGAAAGGGACGGGAAUUUGGAGGGAUCUUUCUUUUUUUUCUUUUUUUUUUUUUUUUUUCGUUGCGAUACAGUUUUGAAUCGGAGUUGUUGAGUAUAUUGCGACGAUUCGAACGUAUCGAAGAAAGUGGAAGUGAAUAGAAAGCGAAAGUUCUUCUGUAACAUCCUCCAGUUUGAAAGUCGACGAUCUUUGGACACGGGCGUGCGGUGCAUCGUCCAUGUUUCUCACGGUAGGUGUAGCGGCACGGGGAAUAAAGUUCAAUCGGCAGAUCCAGUCCCCUCGGCUCGGUUCUUCCUCGAUCCGGUCCCUGAAUCGGCGGAGGCCGCAGUGAAUCGAGGAUCGUCGAUCGGUGCGGACGCGUCGUUUCACCGCGGCGAUACGAACGCCAAGGACGCGGAGUGAGCCGGAGGCAUGGUCAUGGACACCAGCACGGUGCGCCUGGUCAUAUUCCUCGGCAUGUUCCUCAUGCUGGCGGGCGAUUACACUUAUCUGAUCACCGCGAUUUUCGGCCGGUCAACCGGGCAGAAUAUCACCGAGCCGAUCAAAAAUCCCGAGGCAGGCCAGGCGAGGAGCAACGGGGAUCCCGAGGAGAGGGUAGCCCUGUCCGUCACCAAGAAGAUGGACGAGAAGGAGAACGCAAUUUCACGGCGUGCAAGAAUGAUGACGACGAUCAAGACUGCUUGUUUGCCCAAGCUGAUAUGCGAACUGACCUCGUCCGUCAAUCAGGAUCAGCUAAGCGAAAUGGAAAGGUCCCUGUUAAAUUUAAUCAGGGACACGAGCUUGAACACGCUGGCGGAAGUGCCCUCGAGAUACCACUUCGCGGCGCAUAUGGGUCAACUGAUAUCCGGCGUGGAAGGUCAAGGAUGCCAUAAUUUCUACCCCACCUGUCCCCUGCCUGGAUCCAGCGUUCUCAACAUGAUGAAGAAGAUUCGAUUGCGCUGACGCGACGGAAUCCCGUCGAAAUGAAAGACAGACAGACAGAGAGAGAGAGAGAGAGAGAGAGAGAGAGAGAGAGAGAAGGAAGA